GCGAGAUGGCCGCGACUCCGUCUGCGCAUCCGCAGCACAUGCCCCUCGCACGCUCCGAGCCUCUCGCGGAGGAGAUGCCAGAUGCGAGGGCCUCGAGGAGGGCUUCGAGGAGGGCCCCGAGGAGAGCCCCGGCUCGGAGGUCAGCCGCGGGCUUGGGCGUAUGGCGUCUCGCCGGACGGGGGCGCUGUGCGCGGCAGCGGUGCUGGGUGCCAUUGUGGUCGUGCGCGGCACGGGGGUGCCAUCCAGGCUGGCUGCGGCCAAGGACCCCAAUCCCAAGAUCAUUUCCGCCGAGGCCGAGGAUUGUUCUGGGUGCGACCAAGAGUACUCGAAGGGGUCCGGCGUCAUCGCGGAUCCGACCGCGCUCGGCGGGGCGAUGACUUUCGAGGACGUUCAGAAAGCUCUGCACGCGACCUGCCCCGAGAGCUGCACGAGAAAGACGAAGGGCAAGGCUGGCCUCGACGUCUUCCGGGGCUUCGGCGGUUCUGGCGACGGUGAGGACGAGGACGAGUGGGGCCAGGUGGGCGGCCAGAUCAUGGAGGAGCUGGAACCUGACGAUGGCACUCCCUGCCACACUGCCGCGAGUGGGGAGAUGUGCUACGAUCUCGUGACCUACACCGUGAGGAAGCUGCUGACCAACAGCGACUUCUAUCCUGGCCUCACGCCCGAGUCGACAGAGGCGGAAGUCCAGCGGCGCCUCCAUGAGGACCGCCCGGGCAUCUGCCACCGGCCCUGCGUGGACGACGAGGAGGAUGGCCACACGUCGAAGGCCGACGCGAGCAAGGGCGAGGGCGGCGGUGACGAUGGGGAGUGCAAGAACGCGGAGCCCGGCGACGACUGCUUUGGCACGAUCCUGUGGGUGCUCAACGAGGGGGUCUUCAAGCACCCCAAGUGGUUCCUCGGGCUCAACCAGGCCUCGUCCAUGGAGGCGGUGCAGCGCCACCUGCACAAGAACCCGGAGAAGGGCAUGCCACCCAGCUGCCCGGAACCCUGCGAGGAAAAGUGCCGCGACGCUUUCGAGGGCGAGCCGUGCUUCGAUGCCGUGACCUGGGCUAUGGAUGUAGGC